GGCCCCUCCAAAAUGAUCUGCUGGAUCCACUCCUGCAUUUGUAUCCGCGCACGUUUUCUAGAGUUCCAGAAUACCUUCCCCAGCCUUUUACAAUAAUACUUGGUUAAAUAAUGAAUAAAACCUAGGUAGCACCAUUCGAAAUCCAGCCAUUUUCACUUCUGAAUAAUAGAAAAUAUUUGCAUCGGUAAAUGUGCUUCCAUGGUGGAAAUAGCACCAUAAAUAUUUCCACCAUGCGUGGAUCGUGAUUGAAUUGCCUGACAGUAGCUGAAAACCUGUCGCUUUAUCUGCGUGCAUACGAGCAGAGAACCGCGACGAACCGGCCUUGCGUUGCGUGGGAGAUCGCCGUCGAACCGUGUGUUGUGCUGCCUCAUAAUAGCGUUUUUGAUACCUUCAUAUCUGACAAUCAGCUGAUUGACAAUGGGCUCGGACGGGAGCGGCAGCAGCACAAGUGCAACAAGAUAUUCUGAAAUACUUGGGACCGCAAGAAAAGCAUUUCUGCAAGGAAAACCAAAGUCUGUAGAAUUUCGGAAGAAACAACUUAGGCAAUUACACAAAUUAUAUGAAGAAAAUGAAGAUGCUCUGGUGGCAGCUCUUGCCACAGAUUUACGAAAGCUAAAAGCUGAUAAGAGGUUACCAAGAGGUACUGCUACUAUUCUGAAGUUGAUUUUAAUAGUUCAAAUACUGUCAGCUGGUGAAUAUUUGGUAGAAUCUGUAAUGAGUAUUACAGAACUACGAAACGUAAAAUUCCAUCUGAAGUAUCUGCUGCAAACUGCUAAAGUUUUGGCUGAUUUAAUUCCUAAAUACUUGGACAAGGAAUGUUACCAUGUUGUUCUUGGAGGAGUGCCUGAAACCACAGAGUUGCUGAAAGAGAGAUUUGAUUACAUUUUUUACACUGGGUCAACUGCAGUUGGUAAAAUUGUUCGAGCGGCUGCCAAUGAAUAUUUGACUCCUGUUACUCUAGAGCUUGGUGGCAAAAGUCCUGUCUUUAUUGAUGAUACUGUUGAUAUGGAAAUAGCAACUCGUCGAAUUCUCUGGGGAAAAUGCGUGAAUGCUGGACAAACUUGUGUUGCACCUGAUUAUAUUUUGUGCACCAAAGAAGUUCAAGACAAAUUUGUAGAAAAUGCUAAGAAGGUGUUGAGAAAAUGGUAUGGUGACAACUGGAAAAAUUCCCCGGAUUUAUGUCGCAUUGUGAAUGACAGGCAUUUCCAACGUGUUAUAAAACUCAUUAAGAGUGGUAAAGUAGCUGUUGGAGGAGAUUCUGAUGCUUCUGAAAAAUAUAUUAGUCCUACAAUAUUAAUUGAUGUGAAAGGCACUGAUCCAGUAAUGGCAGAAGAAAUAUUUGGACCAAUACUUCCUAUUAUUAAUAUUCGUUCUGCAUCAGAAGCUGCAAGUUUCAUUACUAGCAGAGAGAAACCACUUGCGUUUUACAUAUUCACUGAAAAUUCUGCCACAAGAAAAUAUUUGUUAGAAAAUGUGUCCUCAGGAGGAGUUUGCUGUAAUGAUACUAUCCUACAUUUAUCUGUUGAGACACUACCAUUUGGUGGAGUAGGUUACAGUGGUAUGGGAGCCUACAACGGCAAAUACACCUUUGAUACAUUUACCCACACAAAAGGUUGCUUGGCAAGAAGUAUGAACCCAUUGGGUGAAAAAUUAGCAGCGGGCCGAUAUCCUCCAUACACUGAAAAAAAAACUAAAUCUUUGGUGUCUUUUAUGAAGAAACGAAAGGGAUUGAGUUUCCACUAUUUCCCACAUAUCUUGAUGUUUACUUUGGGUGUUCUUUCCUCCUUUGCCUUCCGAUCACUUGCAAAGAAACAGCCUGGAAAAAUCCUCAAUUUGGUUUUAAAUUUUCCAUUGAAAAAAUAUUUUUAAAAGAUAAGUUUUGUAAGCAUAUAUAAAAUGUUAGCAAAGGAAGGCUUUGGUUCUCUAAAUGUACUUUUGUUGUAAGCAAAAGGAUACCUAAGGAAUGCUUACAUACAAUCAUAAUGUUGACCAAAGAAUGGUGACAGCAGAAAAGAAAUGGUGGGCUAGACUGAUUGAUGAAGACUGAUCGCCUGAUUGAACAUUGUGCUUUGUUCUUUUGUCUUCACUUGUCCAGUUUUUGCAAAAUUUGUGUUUCUGCAUUUCUCAAUUUCAUUUUGUUCUGGUGUGACAUAUACUAUGAACUCUUAUUAUAUUGGGUUAACUCCCACAAAGCAUUUAUAAUUGAAAAAAUUAUUGUGGUUGGUGGGCUUAAGAUAGUAUUGGGAUUGUGACUCAAUUUAAUCCUGUUUUCUUUGAUGUCUCUGGCACCUAAAAUUUAGGGAGACACCAGAGGAUGUGAUUUAAAUGCUGAAGCUAAACCUCGUGCAAAAGAACCAUUAUGGCAAAUGUGCCAUUCAAGAAGUCUCAGAGGCUUCUCCCACACUGCAGCAGCUGUGAUUUCCCCUCUCUGCAGUAAGGAGGUGCAGAGGUGACUGCAAAAUCACAGUGAUCGCACUGACUGUCGCUUGUCAUUGCUGUCCUCAUUGACAGAGAAGGAACUCUCACUGCCAGGAGUGUCCAAAGAAAUUGUGAAUUCAUCAAUGUGUUGUCCAUUAUAUUAUCUUAUUACUUUAUCCUUCUUCAAGACACAGCUUAUUUUUUGUUGAUUGUUUGGACAAUCCCUACUGAAGAAACACAUAAGCUGCCUGUUAGCUGAUCUUUCUCACUCAUCAGUUUCUUAUCACCAGACUUGCAGUGUUGAAUUACUGUGCGGCCCACAGACAGACCAGAGAAAGACAGAGAGAGAGAGCUAUGUUGUGCAAAGAGCGCAGGCAUAUGGAGAAGCAUUUGUAGCUUUGGAAGGGGAGGCCACGUUGAGGCAUGCACAGUGGAAGGUUUUUUGAUGCAGGUUGAGCUAAAGAGCCUCUGCAGAGGUUUAAUGUAAUUAAUGUUUUGUUAUUAAAUUAUUAAAGUUAACAAGCUACACACGAGGAAUAAAAGAAAAGUCAAGUUAUAUUGCAUCUAAAUGUGUUGUCACUUCUGUGCUACGCUGUCUUUAAGUCAUACAUUUGCAGUUUCCAAUGGAAGCUAAAAAUCUAUUCACAUUGGUAAUGUGUUUAUGUCUGCUUCCAAGCAUACUGCUAAGUAGAUCAGCCUAGUUAAAACAUUAAAUAAAAGGAUGGAUGUACUUGAAAUAAUUUGAGUGAACAUGACCCCUUUCCACAGACACCUGUGAACAUUGCCCUUUUUUUUCACUUUCUUGUAUACAUACAUAUACUGAGUACUAUGUUACAUACAGUAAGUUAUGUAAUGCUGCGGAAAAUCGAUUUCAACACAAAUACAAGUUUUGGGGUCCCCUUAUACUGAAAUAAUGUUGUUUUUUCAAAAUGUCUUUCCAUCUGUGACUAGUGUGUAAACUACGCAUAGGAUUUAUUUCCACUGUGAAUCUGUCUGACUUAAAGUUCUGCUAAUUUGAAAAACAUUCUUAAUGGGGGUACUUCAUAUAAAGUAGUUUUCAAAUUUUUUCAUUAAAAGCUCCAAAUAUUUUCUUUCAAUUUCUUCUAAGAAUGGAGUGAAAUUUUCUCCAUUUCCCCCAAAACAACUUCAAAUUUUUCAAUGAAAAUAUUCAUUUAAGACCAUUUUCCAUAAGAUCACUCUUCUGUAAUAUUCUUGAAGUCAUAUUUCUAUUUUACAGUUUAGAGGAUCCAAAAAUGAACAAAAUUGAACAAAUGUCCUUCAGGCAUCAAUAGAUAGCAGCUUAGAGGAUGUUGGAACAAAGCUGAAAAGGUAGCGAGGACUAAGGAGAUAAGGAAACCAACUAGUGCAAUAAUGUCUGUGCCAUUCUAAAGCACAACUAGAUAUGAAAUGGUUUUGGUGAGUGACACUAAACUACACACUACUUCUAAUAUUUGUCUGCUGUCACCAUGUUUUAGUUAACACGUAGAAAUUUUAAGUGCCUUUUAUUCAGAUGUUUGUAAGAUAUUUACUGGCAUAUUUUUCUAUAUAUCUUUAUAAAUGAAAACUAGCACUUCAACAUGGUUUCUUUUUGACACAAUUUAUGUUACUAAGAAUAAAGGUUUGUGAUGUGUAAGGGAUAAUUUUGCUUGUUACUAUUUAAAAUUUUUAUUAUUAUUAUCAACAACAGCAGCAACAAAAAUGUGUUCAGUAAAAAAGUAUUUACAGAAAACAGAUUAUAAACAAAAAAAAGGUAACCUGUUUUCAAAACACAUUGCUUCAUUGGUGCAAGGUCAAGGUUUUAUUGAAGUUAUUGUUGUUAUUAUUAUUGUAAGCCAAUGUAAAUAUACUUGUAUUUUUUUAAUGUUCUAAAGAAGAUAAAUCAGAAGUUACUUAUAAAAAUGAAAAUGUUCAUGUUUUCUUUUGUUUAAUACAAUACCAGGUUUUUGCUUGCGUGAAGUAUUUCCUAGUAUAACUCCCAAGU